ACGCUCGCGUCUGUGAAGUUCGUGCUCGUGAAAUCUCGUUCAACCCUCGCUCCUCGCGCCUCGCGACUCGGUAGUUUUUACAGUGCCAGAAAGAAAAACUCUCCAAAGAAGACUCUCCUGUCCUUUCUAGGGGAUCGGGGGACGUUCAGGAUCAGACUCGAUCUUCGAACGAUAGUUGUAUUGACGAGGAAGCGUUCUCGAGAUACGGCCAAAUAAAAGACAAUGGCAAGGCAGCAGACAGCCGACCGGAACAUUCCUCAUUUACGGGACAUCUUCGGAUUCGGUGGCAAAUGGGAGAACAGCCGAGUACAGGCCGAGGAGAAGGCGCCAGGCCACGACAGCGCUGUGUCCGUUGGCUCGACGUCAGGUGAAGAGGAAAGUCCUAAAAACAGCAAGAAGAAGAAGUCACGUCGUCGCGACAACAGCAAAACUUUAACCGAGAGCGACGUAAAACAUCUGGAGAGACACCUGUCCAUGAAGAAAACCAUCCGUAAGAAGAUCAUGCGCGAUUUACAGCAGGCGUUCGUCGAGGACCCGAAUGAGUUUCGAGUGGACGACAUACCCCCGGAACAGCUCAAGGCAGAGAUCAAUAUUCAGAGCCUGAGCUUCGGUACACCAUCGCAGAAACAGGGACGCACGCGUGGUAACGCCGAGAACACCUUUCUGGAUAUGUUGCGCGCUGGAGGCGGAGAUUUGGACAAGAACGCAACGGAUGGAGACAGAGAUUCUGGGCAUGGUGGUUCGCCAACGAGGGAGACACCCAAUGCACAAGACACCGAUGAAGAAUCCAGUUACCCCUACGACACACCAGUUGCAACACCGUCCAAGAAGAGUGGCAACUUCUGGAGACGUUUUACCAUGAAGAACCGCAACAAGCGGUAAAUUACUUCACGCUGACUCUGCGACGUACUGAUUACUCAUUUCCAUUUCUCUAACUGUACCAACUUAGUUAUUCGAGCAGAGCUUGCAACUGUGAUAUAUGUAAAAGAGGAAACAAAGUUCUCCCGCGUGAAAAAGCACACUUCCCGAUCUUUCUUUUUAAGGUAAAAUACUUAGUACUUAAACACUACAAAAAAUGGACCAAUACUUGAACAAUCUAGUUACACUGGUAUUAUUUGAAAAUGUUUGUUAUAUAUAUAUAAUAACUCCAUUUAAACAUUCAUUAAUGCUUUUGCAACGUUCAGUUGUCAAAGUCAAAGACAAUAUACUUUGAAGUGUGUUCAAUUACUGGGUAUUUUACUUUACAUCGAUUUCAAGGAGUUUCCGGACUUGUCUGCAAAAUAACAAAGACCAACGAUAAAAUAAGAAACCAAAUUUUUGUAAAAAACAAUGAGCGCAAUCUCAUCUCGCAUUACAUAUCACGGCGAUAUUUUUGGAAUUAUUUUCGAGGGUGUUUUUUAGAAUUCUUUUGAAUUCUUUCAAGAGGUUUUUCCGACGAAAAUAUUUGUAAAUAAUUACCGCGCGAUGUUGCGGAGACUCCUUAAAGAUUUUCUGGUCUCACAAUGUUAAACGGAACUCUUGGUGUGUACUUAAAUAAUAACUAAGAAGCGCAGCGAAAUACUUAGAAUGUAAGUGUAGUAAAUUUGAUUUUCCGUUUCUUUUUUUUUUUUUUUUGUAACUUUAAUGAUAAGGACGAAGAAAACCAGGUGAAGUAUGGUAGUCACAUGAAACAUUAAGUGUGCACAACUAUUUCAUCAUACCUGUACAUUAUUAGUAUUAGCUAGUCAGCCAAGCAGGUUUUACAGAUUUUUAAAUGCCUCAUUCUGUAUGAAGAUCAACAUCAAGAAACUACAAAAGAUACUCUAUGAUACUCUAUGAUCGAGAUUCUACUGUAUUAUUAUAUUUUUCUUUUCUGGCACUUGAAAUAUUUAUGACUAAUCUUACAAUUAAUGUAAAUCGAUGAAAUUAUUAUUAAAAAUACAAUUAUCCGCUUGCCGUGUUAAACGAGAGAUCGUGAAUGUAAAAAAUAACAAUCUUUUUAUACUUGGAAGUAAUCUUGGUUUUUUUAUGCAACCUAUUCGCUGAACAAAUAUCUGGAUAAUCACAAUUUCAGGAUACUGCGUAUUGUAAAGGUUGAUAUUUAUUGUGCACGACGUCGGUAUGAAAUUCCAUUGUUCCUAUCGUUUUAAGGCGUCUCGUACUUUCAGAAUCAGCCGCGUUUAUUCUUAAACGAAACGUAAUCACCCUGUUACAAUUAACAAUAAUCACUUACCUCAUGUAUCAAUGAUGAAUCUGAUGUAAGCUAUGUUAAUUGUAAAAACUAGAAAAUCAUAAUGAUGUAAAGGUAACGAUUAAAUAAAAGUUCUCUUCGAACG